AUGUCAGCUAAUUCAAAGCCACGACCCAAGCCGUGGGAAACUCAUCCACCACUAGAUAGUCAAGAAAGUGGAUUAGAUAACAGUUCGUUAGCCAAGAUGAAUUCUGAAACCGGUAAUAAUGAUAUGCACAAUGGGGAGAAUUCGCAGGAGCCACCACCAAGACCGGCAGAGCUGGCCUCUGAUCCCUACACUAGUUCUAACCCUUUAUAUAACAAUGGUUCGCCGUAUGGCGUUAGUAAUGGAAUAGGUGGUGGUAUGUAUGGUAAUAGCAUGUAUGGAGGUGGAGGUGGUUAUGGAUCUAUGUAUGGUGGAGGUUUAGGAUCGAUGUAUGGUGGAGGUCUAGGAUCGAUGCAUGGAGGUGGUUACGGUGGUUAUGGGUCGAUGUAUGGAGGUGGUUACGGUGGUUAUGGUGGUGGUUAUAUGAAUAAUGGACCUGGGGGUCCAGGUGGGUUAGGUGAAUCUACACAGGCAACAUUCCAGCUGAUUGAGAGUUUAAUCGGUACUGUGACAGGAUUUGCUCAGAUGUUGGAAUCUACAUACAUGGCGACUCACAGCUCAUUUUUCAGCAUGGUGUCAGUUGCAGAGCAAUUUUCGUAUUUGAAAGAAGUGCUAGGAUCAUUCUUCGGUAUAUUUGCAUUAAUGAAAUUCGUGAGAAGGAUACUGUUUUAUGUGACUAAAGGUAGAAUGGGUACACCAGCGCCAUCAAGAGCGAUAAAAAAUGGAACUAAUUCUGAAAUGGUAAAUGAAUUUCAUAAUUUCAAAAAGGACGAAAAUUCCAAGAAGAUAAAGAAAAUAUCUUGGAAACCAUUAAUUUUCUUCUUAGCCGCAGUUUUUGGAUUCCCUUAUGCUUUAAACAAAUUUAUCACUCGUGUGCAGUCCAUGCAAAGAGGCAAAAUUGGUACCAAACAGAUGGGGGCUGAAGUUGAUCCAUCAAAAUUAGAAUUUGCCAGAGCACUUUACGAUUUUACGCCAGAGAAUCCACAGAUUGAAGCACCAUUGAAGAAAGGUGAAUUGAUGGCAAUCAUCACAAAGCAACAUCCAUCAGGUAAUAAUUCUGAAUGGUGGAAAGUAAGAACUAAAACUGGUAAUAUGGGGUACGUCCCAUUUAAUUACGUAGAAAUAAUAAAGAGACAAAAGAGAAUUGAAGAUAUACCUGAAAAAGAUAUGGGCUCACUUCAAAAGCAGAUAUAG